AUGAAGAUUUCCACAGGCAACGUUCCGGUGUAUACCAUCAGCGGCAGUGAGGCGCGCCCGCUUCCAGAGUGGCUUAUCCGGAAAAGAAAGCGCAGUCUGAAGAACGACCCCGAAUUCGCAAACCGCGUGGAUUUGCUGCAAGAUUUCGAGUUUGAGGAAGCCAGCCAGUGUGUCCGUGUGAGCGAGGAUGGAGACUGGGUUAUGAGCACAGGCACAUACAAGCCUCAAAUACACGUCCACUAUCUCCCUCAUCUUUCCCUGUCCUUUGCAAGACACACCAAUACUCUCAACCAAACCUUCCAUCUCCUCUCCUCCGACGCUACCAAGAGCGUACAUCUCCAGCAAGAUCGAUGCAUCGAGUUCCACACCGGUGGGGGUCUCCACUAUGCGAGCCGCAUACCACGUUACGGUCGCGACCUCAUCUACGACCGAAGAUCCGCUGAGUGUCUGGUGCCGUCCGUUGGUGUGAAUGCAGACGGAAUGGGCGAGUGCUUCAGACUGAACCUAGAAGUUGGGCGCUUUAUGAGGAGUUAUGAGAUUGACGUGGGUGGGGACGACGUGACGACGGUUGGAGGUGGUGCUCUCCAGGGUGGCAUCGACGCUGGUGCAGUCAACACCGGUGCUAUUGCCGAACAAUCGCACGGUCUCCUCGCCUUCGGCACUUCUAUUGGAACAGUCGAGUACUGGGAUUCGCGAUCAAGGAACAGGGUUGGCAUACUUUCUGCCCCUCCGGAUGCAUUUGAAGGAAAGUCGGAAAUCACAGCUCUAACAUUCCCAUCAUCGGGUUUGGAGGUUGCUGUAGGAGACUCAAACGGCAUUGUGCAACUCUAUGACCUGCGAUCACCGAAACCACUACUAAGGAAAGACCAAGGAUACGGCUAUCCGAUCAAGAACAUUAUCUACCUCGAGGGCGCGCAGACUGACGAACCUAAAAUCUUGACCGCAGACAAGAGGGUAAUCAAGAUCUGGGAUUCAAAGGACGGCACGCCAUGGACCUCUGUUGAGCCUUCGGUAGACCUGAACCACGUUGAAUGGGUACCAAAGACUGGUAUGCUUUUGACGGCGAAUGAGGGCAGGCAACAGCAUUCCUUCUUCAUACCACAGCUCGGCCCAGCGCCAAGAUGGUGUCACUUCCUCGACAACAUCGUAGAAGAAAUGGCCGAAGACCCCAACGACCCCAACGCUUUUGGCAAGGGCGCGUCCGGAGACGUUUACGACAACUUCAAGUUCUUGACGCUCGAGCAGCUCAAGCAGCUAUCACUGGAUCACCUUGUUGGAACUACAAGUCUCCUGCGACCAUACAUGCACGGUUUCUUUGUCGCCCAAAAAUUGUACGAAGAAGCACGACUCAUCUCGAACCCAGACCUGUGGCAAGAGCAGCGCGCCAAGAGCAUCGCCGAAAAAAUCAGCAAAGAGCGAGAAAGCAGGAUUCGCGGCAACAAGAAGGUGGCAGUCAAGGUCAACAGAAAGCUCGCAGAGAGGAUGUUGGAAAAACAAGAAGAGCAGGAGCGAAGGAGAGCCAAGCGCGUCCUCAAAAAGGGCGGCGACGACGACAUGCUGGAGCCUUCCGCCGCACCUGCCGUCGAAGAGCCUGUCAAAGCAGAUGGCGUUCUCAACGACCCGCGUUUCGCCAAAAUGUUCGAAGAUCCCGAGUUCGAGAUCGACGAGCAAACCCGCGAGUUCCAGCAACUCAAUCCCAGCACCAAGAUACCCAAAGGUCUUACUGCGGUCGAACAAGAAGAUCUGGAAUCAAGAAAGGGCUCGUCAGACGAAGACUCCUCCGACUCCGAAGCCGACAAAGUACGUCCCACCAAGAAGCCACAGCAAAAGGAAGACACGUCGCGCAUCUCUUCCGGCAACUACCGCAAAGCCGGUCACCGAUCCCAACGCCCUGGCCCCGAAAUGGUGGUCUCAUCGUCGAACCAACGGAAAGCCGGACCGACUUCCAAGGACAAGACAUUCGGCUCGCGUGUCUCGAAACUCAAAGACAGAAAACCUGCGUCGUCUGCGAAUACGACGACGGUGGUCGGCGAGAGGGAGAUUACGUUUGCGCCGGAGAGGAAGCAGAAGAAGAGAACGGAACAGGAGGGUCAAAGGCAUGACCGGAGGAAGCAAGGCGACAGGAGGAAUGCUAGCAACAAUGUUUUCAGGAAUAUGUAG